AUGAAGCUAAAUUCGCGAUGUGACAUGGAUAUCCUUGUCAUAUUCUGUGUCCUCAUCGCCACUGUUCUAUAUUACAAUACGCUACACGCUGGAUUCGUUUACGAUGACAGACGAGCAAUCCUGACAAAUCCAGACCUGCUGCCGAACUCCCCAUGGUUUCCUCUAUUGGAAAACGAUUUUUGGGGGACACCUUUACGUGACAGCGAGUCACACGGGAGUUAUCGUCCGCUGUGUGUGGCCACAUUCCGGCUUAAUCAUCUGCUCGGCGGUUUGAAUCCGCAGGGUUAUCACCUUGUCAACAUAGCUCUACAUGCGGCUUGUACCGGCCUAGUGGUCCGAGUGGCAAGAAAGGUUAUUCCAGGACGAUGGUUGUCUCAUGCCAUCACAGGGCUGCUGUUUGCGGUGCAUCCAAUCCACAGUGAGGCAGUCGCCGGUAUAGUCGGACGGGCUGAUUUGUUGGCUUGCUUUCUGACUCUCGGGGGCUUUCUCACUUACGUGGCACAUUGCGACCAAACACGUUCACCGCUAAUGCUUCUCAUCGCGCUGACAUCCUCUCUCCUGGCCGCGUUCGCCAAGGAAACCGGCAUAUCCUCACUGGCGCUCUGUUUACUCUGGGAGUUCUGUCAUGGCGAGUCAAAUACACAAAAGGAGCGAGAAAAAAACUGGCCUCGAAAUCGGAGCGUCGGAAUCCUGUGGGGCGGCCUGAUACUAGUGAUACUCGGACGAGUAAAGAUCGGGAAUGCCAACACCCCGGAAUUUGCGACUGCCGACAAUCCAACGGCUCGAAAUCCAUCAAGACUGACACGAGCCUUGACAUUCCUUUACUUGCCAGCGGCUAGCUUCCGUAUGUUCCUCUGUCCUAGUACUCUGAGCUUUGACUGGUCAAUGGAUACCAUCCCGCGGAUAAUAACUCUUACGGAUCCACGGAAUCUUGAGUCAAUAUGCCUGUACGUGGGGCUGGCCAGCGCUGGACUGUGGCUGAUACACCAGUCAAGAAAUGCCUCCGGGAAUUCCGGUCAAAACUAUACCAAUACCAGCCCCAAUUCCAAUUCCAAUUCCAGUGCAAACUUGAACUUUAAUUCAAAUGAAGUUUACGUACGCAACCGAACGAUGGAGAAAAUAGGAUCAUACCAGCGCGCCUCCUCAAAGUGCUCGGUCUGCGAUGGAAAAAAGUCGGGAAAUUGUCACACCGAAGGCUGUCGCGCGGCGAACAAUAACAACAACAGCGACAGCAAUGAUUGCUGCUGUUCAACAGUUAAACCGAUCCUGCAUUCUUCCCACACAAGUUUGGCAUCUGGUAGCUGGGGUGUCGGUCUCACCAAUGCCUCCGCUGGCAGCGAUUAUACCAACACACCAUUUGGCCGUACCACUAAAUCAGCCGUCAGCAUUGUCAUCAUAUCACUGGGUUUCCUAGCGCUUCCAUUUUUACCCGCCAGCAAUUUGUUCUUUUACGUUGGUUUUGUCAUUGCCGAGCGUAUACUUUAUUUACCUAGUGUCGGCGCCUGUCUGUCUAUCGGCGCCAGUGUUGCUGAAACUUAUCGGAUCGUUCGCCACGGAUCUAAAACAUGCGGUAGAUUGAUUCUUGUUGUUACCGCCGUAUUGCUGGGGUUCAUGGCUGCUAAAACUUUAAGACGCAAUAUGGACUGGCAUGACGAAGAGAGUCUCUAUAGAUCUGCGCUACACGUUAAUCCGCCUAAAGCCUACGGGAAUCUUGGUGGGAUAUUAAGCGCACAAGGACGAUUCGCUGAAGCUGAAGAAGCGUUCAUCCAAGCUCUUCGUUAUCGCCCUAACAUGGCGGACGUUCACUACAAUCUGGGGAUACUGCAACAAGCGAGAAGAAAUUACGAUGAAGCUAUUUUAAGUUACGAGCGUGCAAUCCACUUCCGGCCAUCACUUAUUCAAGCUUAUGUAAAUCUCGGCGUAACUCUUAUAUCAGUGGGCAGAAAAUCCGAAGCUGCGGAUAUAUUACGUACAGCGGCGGCAGUAAAUGGUGCAGGGUUAAAGGACAAAAGGGUCCACGAGGCAUCGAGAAUACAGGCAUUGUUACGUCUAGGCGCUUUGUAUGCUGACGAAGGGCAUCUCCACGAAGCCCUGUCGUCUUAUCGAGAAGCUCUGCAAGCAUUACCUGAUUAUUAUCCUCCACAAACACUAUACAAUCUGUUGGGCGAGACUCUACUAAAAAUGCAAGAGUAUGCAGAAGCUGAGCGGUGGUUCCGUAGAUGUUUAAUUCGUGAGCCCAAUUUCGUACCAGCGCACAUUACCUACGGAGAGUUGUUAGCAAGAAAUUCGAGCAGAGUUCUUGAAGCCGAGAGAUGGUUUAUUAAAGCAACAAGGCUCGCUCCAGAUGAUCCGAAUGUUCAUCAUCGCUAUGGAGUAUUUCUAUCAUCUCAAGGACGAUUGUCGGAAGCAGCACGAGAACAAGUAAAAGCAGCCGAGCUUUCAAGAUCAAAUUAUGAAUUGACGGUAGCUGCAGCGGCAGCAUUGCAUCAAGCGGGACGAGACGAAGACGCUGAAGUAUGGUAUAAACACGCGACAAGUUUAAGACCGCACGAAGCAGGAAGCCACACAAAUUUAGGCGCAAUAUUGCAUUUAAACGGCAAGUACCGUCAGGCCGUAGCAGCAUAUCGGCAAGCGCUGAGACUGAGGCCAAACGACGCGGCAACAAUUACGAAUCUUUAUAAAUUAAUGUCACUUAUAACGUGA